AUGCGGAAAGGGCCCCGCCGCAGCAGAGCGGGGAUGGGCUCCUCCCAAGAAGGUUUGGCGUUGAAGAGCUUCCCAAUCGGAGCCUCCAAGAGGGGGAGGACCCCCAAGCUUUUCCUGCUGCUACUGCUGCUCCUGGCCGGAGGAUCCUUCCUGGGCCUUUACCUGUUGCUUUGGGCCUGGGAGGCAGAGCCAGAAGGAGAAGGCCAGGAGGGGGAUCACAAACCCAGGAGUCUGUCCAGCUCUGAGCUGAAACGCCUGGCUUCCCAGGUGGAUCUGCAAAGGCUUUGGGGCACUUACCUGCAGCCUUUCCUGGUGGAGAGGUUCCCCGGCAGCCCCGGAAACAAGAAGGUCCGGCAGUUCAUCACGGAAAGGCUGCAAGGGCUCCCGGCUUCCUGGCACGUAGAGCUGGACUCUUUCCACCAGCGGACGCCUCGCGGGGCCGUGGGCUUUGCAAACGUGGUGGCCACCUUGGACCCCUCGGCUCCUUCCCGCCUGGCCCUGGCCUGCCACUACGACUCGAAAUACUUUCCACCGGACGAGAAGGGCAGGGUCUUUUUGGGGGCCACCGACUCCGCCGUGCCUUGCUCCAUCUUGCUGGAGCUGGCGACGGCGUUGGAUAAGGAGUUGCUGAAGUCCAAGAAGCAGAGCUCCAGGGUGACGCUCCAAUUGGUCUUCUUCGAUGGGGAGGAAGCGUUCCGUGAAUGGAGCCCCACGGAUUCCCUCUAUGGGGCGCGCCACUUGGCCCAGCGCAUGGCGCAAACCCCGCACCGCCCCAGCGUCAGCCAGCUCCAAGCCAUAUCUCUCUUUGUCCUCUUGGAUUUAUUGGGCGCCAAGCAGCCGACUCUCCGGAACCAUUUUCCUGCCACCGCCGGUUGGUUCGAAAGGCUUCUUGGCCUCGAGAAGCGUCUCCAUCGUCUUGGUCUCCUGGAGUCCCACCGGGAGGAGCAGAUGUACUUCCAACGGGAGCCCUCCUACCACGUCAUUGAAGAUGACCACGUCCCCUUCCUCCAGAAAGGCGUUCCCGUCCUUCACCUCAUUGCCACCCCGUUCCCGCAAGUCUGGCACACGAUGGAAGACACCGAAGCCCAUCUCCAUCCUCCCACCAUCCAAAACCUGUGUACAAUCCUGGCUGCUUUCCUAGCAGAGUAUUUGCACCUAUAGAUGAAAGGCAUCCGUGUAAUUUGGACAACCUGAGCCAUGAUCCAAUGGAGACUGUUACACAGAACGAUAUUCCCCAUGGGAAUGGGGUGCUAUGGGAAAGCCAUGAACUGCCACAUUGAGCCAUGGGUCCUGGAGGAAGUGUUGCCAACCAACCAAGAGGACCACAAUCUGUUCAGAAGAGGCCAACAAAUGAAAGGACUUCCUUUUUCCCUUGAGAUUCUUUUUUUGACAGAACAAGAGGAGAGCCGCACUUGGUCCAUCUCUGUUGCAGUCUUUUGCUUGCAAAUUCAGCAUAAGCUCACUGCUAAAAAUAAAAAUAUUGUGACCAAGUUCCCCUCCAGAUCCAUUUCAGGGACCUAAUUUCAUGGCCGAAACCGUCCAAAUGCUCCAUUUCUUGGUUUCACAAAUACCGUAUUUCAUCGCAUAAUAGUCGCCUCAGCAUAAUAGAUGCACCCCAUUUUUUGAGAUGCCCCAGAAAUGGUAUUUUUGUUUUCCUCGCAUAAUAGUCGCACCCUCAUUUUGUGCUGGUUUCCCUUCCUUCCUUCUUUCUCAGUUUAAAAACUAUAUGGAUAUUUCUGGAGCUCCACUCUUCUCUCCUCCCUCCGAGGACUUAAGGUGGUUCACAAAACCUGGAAUGGAGUUUUUUGGUGAAAGGAGGAAGGAGAGACGAUCUGCACUGCAAAGACCUAUGUUUUGUUGUUUUUGAACUACUUUGCCUUUAGAGGAAGGAGAAAGGAGAGAAGAGUAGAGCUCCAGAGACCUCCAUUUUAUUGUUUUUGAACAACUUUGCCUUCGGAGGAAGGAGAAAGGAGAGAAGAGUAGAGCUCCAGAGAUCUCAAUUUUAUUGUUUUCAAACUGCUUUGCCUUUGGAGAAGGAAGGAAGGGAGGGAGGGAGGGAGGGAAGAGAAGAAUCAGUCUGCAGUUUAGCUCUGCAGUUUUUAAACAGGAACAGAGCUAUUUGUUUUGAGGCUAGAUCAUCCCUCUUCCCCUUCCAGAGGUAAGGCAUUUUAUUUAAAAAGACACUGGAGAAAAAAAAAACCAAGAUUUUUUUCCUCGCAUAAUAGUCGCAUCCCUUUGAUGGAAAAAAAAGGGAGGAAAUGUGACUAUUAUUCAGUGAAAUACGGUAUUUAGACUAUGAUGGAAGCAGUGUGCCCUCCAGGAUGGAUCUCAACCACUACCUCUGGUGCCAUUGUCACAUGCAAGGUCCGUUGUUUUUAAAUGUAUUGUUAGGCCUUGGGGGCCUUUUUCAGAAAGUAUGGGAGAUAAAAGAGUCAACAAUUAACAA